GUGUGUGUGAAAAACACUUUGGUGUGACGUCACUUAACACUUAUAAAUAUCACUCACUUUUGCACAUUAAUCAUUGCUCUUCACAAUCACAAUAGUGACCGAUUAUGGUUUCAAAACGGCGAAUUUCUCCGAAAGGUGAGGAGUUUGGAUCACUUAAAUUAUAUAUCUAUAUAUAUGCAGAUUACACAAUCUUCUUAGGGCACCAGCCACUAUGGGUGUUGUGCCAAAAUCGGAUCCCCCUCUAGAUUCUUACUCUCCACUGACUGAUUGAUCCCAAUCCCUAAAGCGUAAGGGAGCCAGAAAACGACAUGACACCAGCUCUGACAGGGGAUCGCUUCACACACAGCAGGAAGACCGUUAUAUGAUUAAGUGAAGUAUUGUUUGAAGAUUCACUGUUUAGCCCAUUUUCCUUAAAUAAAGCAUUGAUUUUUUGAGAACACAUUUUUACUUAUUCUUUUCCCCAGGUGUUCACCAUGCUGACCAGUUUUGUGGAUGGAAUAUUCUGUUGCUUCACAGGCAAGUCAACCAAUGUGGUGGUGCCUAUUGAAUCCUCUGAGCCAACAGAUGGUUUUGAAUUUGUGGAGGUGAAACCAGGAAGGGUUUUGAGAGUUCGACAUAUUAUUCCAGACAAACCAGUGGUUGAGGAGCCAGGGACUGGGGAAGGGGGAACUGUAAGCUGCAAGCGUAAAAUCUCAGUGUACCGAAACGGACAACUUCUGAUUGAGAAUGUGAAUGAAGCUAAGCAUCCAGAGUUGGUACGCUAUCAGAAUGGAGACAACACUGUGGAUAAAGGGGUUAAUUAUUAUGACCCUCCGGCAGCAGCGGGCCAGACUGCAGUGCCAACACCAGGGUCUGAUGCAGGAAAGACUGCAGAUGCCAAACCUGCACCUCCACAGGAUCAGCAGCAACCACAGCGCAGACGGCGCAAACCUAAACGCUCCAUUGUGAUUGACUGUGAGCGGAAGAUCACAUGCUGCAAAGGCACUCACCCUAAUGUGGCCUUGUUUUUCAUACACGGGGUUGGAGGAUCACUGGACAUUUGGGGAAGCCAACUGGAUUAUUUCUCACAACUUGGCUAUGAGGUCAUUGCCCCAGACCUGGCCGGCCAUGGUGCGAGUUCAGCUCCUCAAAUCCCUGCUGCAUAUACUUUUUACGCACUAGCUGAGGAUCUUAGAAUCAUAUUCAAGAGAUAUGCGAAGCGGCGGAAUAUUUUAGUAGGGCACUCUUAUGGAGUCUCAUUUUGCACCUUCCUGGCUCAUGAGUAUCCAGAGCAAGUUCACAAGGUUGUGAUGAUUAAUGGUGGUGGUCCUACAGCACUUGAGCCCAGUCUCUGCUCUGUCUUCAACUUACCCACUUGUGUCCUUAACUUAUUGUCCCCGUGCCUUACCUGGAGUUUCCUCAUGGCUGGAUUUGCCCAUCAGGGAGCACGAGAAAAGAAAUUACUGAAAGAAAACAAUGCCUUCAAUGUGUCCGCCUUCGUUUUGCAGUCCAUGAUGAGUGGACAGUAUUGGCCUGAGGGUGAUGAGGUUUACCAUGCUGAACUCACUGUGCCUGUUUUGCUUGUCCACGGCAUGUAUGACAAGUUUGUACCAAUACAAGAGGACCAACGUAUGGCAGAGAUCCUCUUGCUGGGCUUCCUGAAGGUCAUUGAUAACGGCAGUCACAUGGUCAUGAUGGAGUGCCCUGAUGUAGUUAAUACUCUCUUACAUGAAUUCUUCCUUUGGCAGCCAUCAACAGACCCAAAAACCAAACAGGAAAAAGCUUCCACCAUACCUCACAAGGACACAGCAAGACCUAAAACUGCCCCUAGGUCACCCUCCAAAUCUCAAUCAGACAUGAUAAGGCCAACAACUGCUCCAAAGAUCAGCAAUAGCGGGACAGAGGCCCUGGUUGACGGAAAAUUUAAGGGCAAGAAAUAGCUGAUCUACAAGCAAAGGAAUUGGUUAAACCUGCUUUUCUUUGGCGAUUAGCCAAAAUGUAACAGCUGUUUGAAAAGAGGAUGUGCUCGAACAGUCACCUUCUCCUGGUAUGUGUAAGACUACAGAGAACACAAAAAACUGCUAUAAAUUACAUGUACCAAUCGACAGUGGAGUUUUGCUUUAAUAUUUUCAGGUUUUGGCUGAGGAGAUGAAGAUUUCUAGAAGAUGAUACGUUUCUUUCAAUCACAGCCAAUUCAACUAGGGAUGGACCGAUGUAUCGGCCAAACAUCGGUAUCGGCCGAUAUUCGCCUUGUUGACUGACAUCAGCCUAUCGGCAAAUACGAUGUCAUUCACUGACGGCAGUGUCCGAUGUUUAUCUGGUUAUAUGUCUCUGUUAUUUGCGAUCGACUUGGACAACAGUUGCCUACCCAGCUGCAGUUUUGGAGAAGAUCCAACAGAUGGUACUAGAAUACCACCCACAGCCACUGGCUACACACGACUCUGGCAUGACGUAAGAGGCAACGGAUGUCGUGCACAU